GGCGGGUACCUGGCGCACAGCCUGGCCAUCCUGACGGACGCAGCCCACCUCCUGACGGACUUCGCCAGCAUCAUGAUCAGCCUUUUUGCACUCUGGGUGUCCUCACGCCCCCCCACCAAAACCAUGAACUUCGGCUGGCACCGGGCAGAGAUCCUGGGGGCCCUGCUCUCCGUGCUCUCCAUCUGGGUGGUGACGGGUGUCCUGGUCUACCUGGCGGCUCAGCGCCUGCUCUCGGACGACUACGACAUCGAGGGUGGCGUCAUGCUCAUCACCUCUGCCUGCGCCGUGGCCGUCAACAUUGUGAUGGGGGUGGCUCUGCACCAGACGGGGCACGGACACAGCCAUGGGGCGGCUGGUGAGCAGCCCAACGCCAGCGUCCGCGCUGCCUUUGUCCACGUCGUGGGGGAUCUGCUGCAGAGCGUAGGCGUCCUCAUCGCAUCCUACAUCAUCUUCUUUAAGCCCCAGUACAAGUACGUGGAUCCCAUCUGCACCUUCCUCUUCUCCGCGCUGGUUCUGGGGACGACGCUGUCGAUCCUCCGCGACGUCCUCCUCGUCCUCAUGGAGGGCACCCCAAAAGGGAUGGAUUUCAACGCCGUAC